UCCAUUGUCAUUCCUACCAAUAAAUGCUUUUCCUAAACUUUCCUUUAAAGAGACCAUAAUCACACAUCAUAGAUAAGGCUGGCUAUUUGGUCCGGAUUUUUUGAAUUUACCCGAAAUCGGACCGUAUAACCCGGACCGGGACCAGGUAGCAAACAAUCCAAUCCAAUUUUUGGCCCUAGAUUUGAGGUAAAAAACCGCUUGGGACCGGACCGAAAACCGGAUAGAGAUCGGAGAAGAGAGCCCAACACCCAAAAUUUAACCUCCUCACCCUUUCAGGCCUUAGGCCACUCAAAUUCCCCCUCGGGUCACUCAAAUCCUCACAAGCUCAAUCUAAAAUCAAGACCGAAUUGAGACCGGACCAAAUCAAAACCGUAUUGUAUUCAAUCCGAUCUUUGAUCCUUAUAUUCUCGAAAAGACCAGACCGAGACCGGAUCAAUUCGGGCCAAUUUAACCGGAUCGUACCGUAUAUCCACCCCUAAUCACAUAUCUUCCCAAAAAAAAAAAUUGUUCCCGCCAUGGAACACGAUGAUAGUAAUUAUGGAUUGUUGUGAUCUCUUAAAGAGCUGAUUCAUACCGUCAAUGAGAAAGCAAGAAAGAAAUAACUAUUGAAGCACAAUCCAUCUAGAAUCCCCCGUGUCAAAUUAAUUAGUCUCAAAUAGACACAGAGAAACGGAAGUCCCCUAACAAAGUCCAACACACGACCAUGUCGCCCCAUAAACUCAGAUUCAUAAUUAUCAAGACCCAAGAGACAGAGAGAGAGAAAUCAAAUCCCAAAUCAUGUUAUGGAAAGAGCGUGUCCAUGUUUAAUUAGUCCCGCCCGUUCCCAGUGUCAGCGUCGUCCCCAAUCUUCCAUCUCCCCAACAGUACAAAUAAGAACCCCCGCCCUUUAAAUUAAAUCCCCUGUUUUCUCCAACCUAACCCUUCUCCCUCUCUCUGUUUUCCCAGUCCAUCUCUGCGAUUCGUUCCAGCUAUGGCUGGUUCCGGUGCUUUCCCUUGUCUCGCAACUCUCCUUCUUGUUCUUCUGCAAACGCAGCUGAUCGCCGGCGACCUGCUGUCGCCGAUUUUCCCUCCGAUCGUGGGCAACGUAUGUGAGAACGUGGAAUGCGGGAAAGGCAAGUGCAAGCCGUUGACUAACGCCACCGUCCCUCCCUACGAAUGCGAGUGCGACGACGGGUGGAAGCAGACCCGACCCGAUCCCAUGGACGGCGUCACUUUCCUCAAUUUCCUCCCCUGCAUUGUCCCCAACUGCUCCAUGGAUCUGUCCUGCAACAAGCCAGCAGAGGCGCCGGCUCAAGACAAGAUUGGCAAGUCCAAUACCACUCUUUUCGACCCAUGUAAUUGGGCAGAUUGUGGAGGCGGAUCCUGCAACAAGACAUCCUUGUUCACCUAUACCUGCCUAUGUUCCGAGGGAUACAAUAACCUUCUCAACACAUCCCUCUUCCCUUGCUACAAAGAAUGUGCGGUUGGGACGGAUUGCAAGGACCUGGGGAUUACGAUGCAAAGCCCACCUGCUCCAACGCCUGCAUUGUCCCAAAACGAUGGUACUAAGAAUCAAGGGAGUAGAAUUGGAAGAGGGAUGAUGUUAAAUUGGGCUGUGGUGUUGAUGGCGUCGGUAGCUGUUGUGGUUCAGUGGAGAUAGAAAAGCAAGAGAGUUGGUUUUGGUUGCGACGAUUAGGAAGACAGAGACCUGAGUUUUCUGUUACGGAGAGGUUUUGGACAUGGCUGAUGUCUACAAUACGUGCGCUGUUUCAUUUUGUGUCCAUUUUGUUUCAUAGGAAAUAAUAAAACUGCGGGGGUGGGAUGGAUUCUUUCAUAUUUGGUAGAGAUUGUUGAUUGGAAACGCCAUUGCCAGGGCUUGUUAGUUAUGCUAGUAAUAAACACUUGAAACAGAAAGUGCUUUUCAGUGAUUUGGUUGGUUGUAUAGAAGGACAACGCACUUGAUUGAAUGUUUUAUUCAUUGCCCUUUUCUUCUUCUACUAGUUUCAGUUUGUGUGUGUGAAUUGAUAUACUGGUUUUACAUUCCGAUCAGAAGAAGAUAUGGACCGACAUAAAUUUUGAAUUGGAUU